AUGAGCAAUCAAAAUCGAAGAUACGAAGAGGUGCGAAUGGACGAAAAUGAGCCGCCGAGAGCGCACGCGGGCGGAAAUAAUUUAGUGCUACCACAGCCGCAAUUUGUCGCUCAACAAGUGCAAAAUAAUCAAGGACAAUUGGGCAAUCAUCAUUUCGAUGUGAUGUUCCAGCCAAGAAAUCGGAAUGGAGCUGAACGUCGUCGAAUGGCUCAACGCGCGAAUCCGAACCCGAAUAACAAUCGCAAUGUUCGACGCGAGCCGAGAAUUCAGCGAGAUCAGCCGGUGUACAAUGAUCGAGUUGAGGCGGUUUUCCGGAAGAAGAACAUGACGCGAACCGCGAUUGAGUUUGAUCAUCGAGAAGAGGAUUGCUGGAAAAAUAUUCAGAAAGGAAUCGAGGAGAACGAGCUGAAAUUCAACAAUGGCCACUUGCCAUGUGGAGAUCAGGCGAUUGAGAUUCCAUCGGAUUCGCAAAUUUGCGAAAUGCUUCGAUCUGAGGAUCAAAUGGAGACGAUUCGAGAGGCGAGAGCGAUGCUGGCCGAUUUUGGCGCGAGUCAUGGAGAUUUGAAAACGGCGCUGGAUAAACUCGAAGCCCAUAUUCGGCUGAAUGAAAUGCAAUAUAAUAUGAUUGACGCCGUUACGACGGAUUUAUUAAUGAAGGCCCAUGAAAUGGAAAAGGAUAUUAAUGAGGUUCACGAGCUUUUCGAGCGAAUGUCCCCCAUCUUGCUAGAUUUUAGCCGAACCAUGUCUGAUAAACCAGCCCGCAAAAUAAUGGAUGGAAGAGUUGGCGAUGGGUUCGUAAUCGCAAAAAACUACGAAGGAAAUUACAAUAAUGCUGUCGGAAUCCCGCUGAAUACGCCGCAUGGCAAGCAUAUGCCGAUUCCAUCAGGAAACGGUCCCGCCGAUCUUACCGUGAUUGAACGUCCAGAUUUUCGCAAGGUCGAUAAACAUGAACGUGUUCACAAGUAG